UUCACUCAAAGAACUUUAUAUCGGUUGUCUUUUCCCUGUCAAAUUUCUAGAAAUAAUUUCAGGCUUUCCUUAUAAAAGCCGUAACAGGAAAACAACGAUGUGAUUGAUCAGUGAUACAAUUCUCGAAUUGCUUUGCCUGUCGUGUGUAUCACACAGAAUUGCUUUGCCGUUGGAUCAAAAAGGUUCCGUAAUGCGGAAAUAUGUGCUGAAUUUAUGGUGGAUAAUUUACUCAACUCACUUUAGAUAAGAUUGCUCAACAUAGACUGCAACUUUUAGCCUUCUGGGGCAGUAUAAAGCCUGAGCGACAACACAGUAUGGAGUUGGAGGAACACAGCCGGUCAGGCAGCAUCAGAGGAGCAGGAAAGUUGACGUUUCGGGUCGAGACCUUUCUUCAGACGCAAACUCCAUCAUAAAGGCUCAGCAAUCCGCGCUGCCUUAAAUAAUGGGACCGGAUGAAUGAAGUUGGGCUCCGCCCUGCAACACCUUGGAUUGGACCAGCAAUCAAAUCCCAACCCUAACUUGGACAGUUUUAUUUUAUAUCUAAAUCUCACUGGCUCCGGCAUCUGUUCAUGACAUCGUUGCUGACUCGGAAGUUGGUGUUCAAAGUGUCGCCACCAUUGUAAAGGAAUUAUCUGUUUGGUUCAGAGACUAACUUCUUUGUAGCUAAGAAAUGGAGAAUCGUGUGAUCAAGUUCCGUCACUGUGAGGAGGAUAUUUAUUGCUUUAGUAUACCCGAGCAGUGCCCGAUCUGUGGUCAGAGUCUCCUGGGACGAAGACUAGAAGAUGCCCCGGUCAGUAUUCCCAACUCCUUUGUAGAUGGUCAUCACGAAAAGUGCUCAUUCCUGAUCAAACCUACUAAAGGAUCAUUCUUGAGAGAGUAUGAUGGGAGAUCUGAUCUUCAUGUUGGAAUUUCAAAUACCAAUGGAGUUGUGUACAAUUACAUUGAAACUGGUGUCCAGAGAGAUGUUUGUGGUUGGGAAGAAUGUGUUUGUGUUCCCCUAGUACAACCAGACAUGUAUAGUUUAAUUAACCAGUGGGAUGUUUACUUGGAGCAGUUUUCCACAGCAGAUUUAUGGCUACCAAACAGGUACAAUGAAUAUGAGCACAACUGCUAUUCUUAUGCAUUGACCUUCAUCAACCGUGUGUUGGCAGCACAAAGUAAACGACAGUUGAGUAGGACUGAAUUUACCGAGAGGUUUGUGGUUCCACAGACUAAAAGAGCCUCCAGAUAUAUCACACUUCAUCGAGAGUUAAGCAGAAGUUACUAUUAUAUCGCAGAUGGCUUACAAUCCGAAGAAAUCAGCACCAGCUUUUUUUAAAGAAAAGCUACAUUUAAUUAUAUAAGAAGAAACGUAUUUGGAAAAAGAUCAUUAAAACGACCAUCAUAUUAAUAGCACUACAUUUCAUAAUGUUUUCAAUUGAUAAUAAAAUAACACUGUGGUCUGUGACUGUUAAUUUAAAAGUUUCUAAUUUUUCAUGUGUACUAAAAAUUAAUCAAUGCUUUAGAUAAUUGAAAAUAAUAUUUAAAGUAAUAUAAUAACUAUAUGGUAUUUAUUGAAGUUUCCAAUAUAAGUAAAACUUAGUAAUCAUGUUGAUUUUAUUUUACAAGGGUAAUUUUCUGAAUUGUUAACUGGCCAGAGUUUGGGAUGUACUUAAAUUAUUGAUCUCUCUUUUCCUCAGCUAAGGAAUUUUCCCAUCUGUAGUUGACACGACCCUCAACUAUGUCCAACGCAUCUCCCGCCUUUCUGCCCUCACCCCUUCCUUUCCCUCCCAGAACAAUGAUAAGGUUCCCCUUGUCCACACUUUCUGCCCUACAGUGUCUCCAAAUUCAAAGGAUUAUCCUCUGCCAUUUCUGCCAUCUCCAGAAGGAUUCCAUCGCCAAAUACAAUAUCUCCCUCCCACCCGCCAAAUUUCAGCAUUUCUCAAGGACCGUCCUUCUAUGACAGCAUGGUCCACUCCUCCAUCAUUCCUAACACUUCUUCAUUCGCCCAUGGUGCCUUUCCAUGCAAUCACAGAAGGUGUAACACUUGCUCCUCCUCAUUCUCACAGCCCCAAACACAUCUUCCAAAUGAAGUAACAUUUUAAUUGUAACUGCUGUCAAUUUGGUCUCCCUUACAUUGGAGAGAUGUAGACAGGAUGACCACUUUGCAGACCACCUCUGCUUUGUCAUGUAGGAAUGAUGCUGACCUUCCAGUUGCAUGCUAUUUCAAUAAACCACCAUGCUCCUAUGAAAACAUUUUUGCUCUGGGCCAGGAACACUGUUGCACUGAAGCUCAACACAAGCCGGAGGAAGAACACAUCAUUUUCCGUUAAGGCUCUUUACACCCUCUUGGACUCAAUAUUGAAUUUUACAACUUCACAGCAUGACUUUUGCAUCCAAGAUUUUUUUACAUCCUCCAAUCUCUACUCUACCCCAAACAUACACACUCACAUACAAGUCUUGUUGACUUUGCUCUCAGCAGAGGGGACCCAUUUUCUCUUUUCCAUACCUUCAUUUACACACAUUUGUAUCGUCCCUUCACCCUUCAUUAGCAACCCCUUUGCCUUUGACUCUGAGCACCUUCCCAAUCUGAUCCACUUGCUCCUCUCUCCCCUCAUUCCACAGCUGUUUCAUUUUCCAAUCCCUUCCAAAUCUGAAGAAGAGCCAUAUCAGACUCAAAACUUUAACUCUGUUUCUGCACUGAUGUUGCCAAACCUGCUAGCUUUCCCCAGAACUUUCUGUUUUUAUUUCAGACCUUCAGCAUCUGCAGUAUUUUGCUUUUCUUUGAGGUGAUUGUCCUUCCAGGUUGAGACUGUUGACUGAAUUACAGUAUCAACAAACAAGCACUAAAUGGUGAAAGAAAAUGUAUGUAAGAGUUACCAGUCGUAGUGGAUGCUUCGACAAUAAACUGCCAGUACCUCAAGAAAUGAAAUGGUAAUUUAAUUUGCAAAUAAUGUAAAAUUUACAUAUCUCUAAAUUACUUCCUGUUCCAUUUAGAUUAUUGAGAGCAUAAUUUUCUGCUCCACUGGGAUUACAUUAAUUGCUUUCAGAGAGGAAAAUAUGUUCAGUUUGUCACUUAUCUAGAGUAUACAGCCAAGUGACAAAAACUGUAAUAAAAGUGAUUUAAGAUUA